UAAUCGCGAUCCUUUUCGUGUUGAACAAUGUUUAAGGCGCGUCUUAUAGCAAGAAUACAUAGGAAUAUUUGAAGAAAGCAUGAUUUCGGAAUAAAGUUAAAUUUCAUUGCUUACUUGUUCUGAAAUGUGUUUUCCUAUUGAAAACAUUCGUCGAUCACUAUUUUAGGUGUACGUGUGUGUUCCUAUAUUUCUCUUUUUUUCUAUUUUGUAAUAUGAACCCAAAUACUGGUCAGGUAUACGAGAAUGUUAAUAAAUGGGAAUUAAAUUUUCCGUAAUUGUGGCGAAACUUAAUAAAAAUUGUGUGUCAAAAGACUUUCAUGGCGUGCGUUUAACAAAUAAAUGAUUAAUUGAACAAAUAUAUUGACAUCUUUUAAAUUAAACUAUUCCGAAAUAAGAGAUUAGGGUAUUUUACAAUAUAAAACAGAUCGUAUUAUGAAAGCUUGGAAAGUGAGCCGUUUGUUUUAUUACAUCUGUGGGAUAUAAUGUUUCCAAAUAAAGAAACGUUAUAAUGGUCUGCUGGUAACAAUGUAAAAUAGUUUCAAGCAGAUACAGCGAUACGUGUGUAGCUAUGUAUUCACGAAUGUUCUCCGCUAAAAACUAUUCACACGCAUUUUUUUGUUGUUGGUUUUUUUUCUAUUCAUUACUUGAUGUUGAAAUAUUUGCAAGAAAUGGAUUCUAAUAGAUGUUAGAACAGACACAGAAAGUUUAUCAGCUAAUUGUAGCUAACUAAAAACGUUAACUGGAUUAUAUGUGUUUAUUUGUGUUUACUUUUGAACUUAAGAAUACAAUCUUUUUUUCAGUUUCAAAGUAUUAUUAUCGCGUGAAAUAGCCAACAAACUGAAAACUUAAUAUUAUAAAUUUUUAAGACGGAAACCAAAUCGUGCAUAGUUUUUGAUUGAUGUAGUAAAGAUGGCGGCCGAGGAGCUUCACCGUCAUGAGGGAGGACCGCUAGAGCGCAGUCACAUGAAGGAUAUGGUGCAGAGAAACGCGCUGGAAAGCGCUGCCUAUAACAAAGUGGCCAAGCAUCUAGAUAACCAGAAGAAAGCGUUUGUAAGACAGAACACGCGUGAUGAAGGGGAGAUGAAAAAUUUACUUUAUCGUCUGCAAAUGGAACAACAGACAACACUCAAUGAUACAGACAUUGAUCCUGGCGGUGGUACUGGCAGUGACAUUGACGAGGUUGACGGAACUGGACUCCGACUUCCGGCUGGCCGUCUAGAACAAGAAUCCGUUGCAAAUCCGUAUCCAGUCACUAUUAUUCCAAGGUUUGGCGGAAACACUCACAUAAAACAGUCAGUUUCUUCAAGGGAUACGAUACACAGACCAGGUUCGUCAAAACUCCAUUCAAGACGGAAGUCGAUUGAAUAUGAAGAUAUACAAGAAUCUUUGUCUUCAAUGACAGUUUCUGAUCUGUCUUCAGCAUCAGCCAUUUCUGAACAGACGAUUUCAAGCUCGUAUACAUGUUUGCCACAUGAUGAUCAUUCUUCGCGGGAUUGGCUGGCUACACCAGGAGCAAUAUCUUCCGUAAGACGCAUGCGCAAGUCUGUUACGGAACAAGCACACCAAAGAAUUUUGAGGAAAACAAGUUGCGAACAUUCAGAGUUUUGCGCGCCGAAUUCAAAUAGCCCUCCAUCACACAGCAGAAACAACUCAUUGAAAGAGAAAAAGAAAUCAAUCGCCAGUGAAUCAACGUCGCCGAAGCUAGGCUAUGCGAAGAGGAGAGGAGGCUCUCUGAAGGAGAGAAAAGCUAGCACUGCAGACAGAACCGACGUUGGGGUGCAGCCUUUGUCUCGUUCAUACUCCGUGCUUUCAAAAGUAACAUCGUCAGAGUUCAAUAAGAAACAGGAAAUUUCCUGCAGUGGACCUUGCGGAGGAAAAAGCGAGGAGGGACUAAAAAUCAGUAGGAAGAAUUCAAAAAAGGGUGAUAAGCAGGGUCUAUCAAGAAAGUCAAGUAAUGACUCUACAUCGUCCAUUGACGGUAGUUCCCUAGCUUCUCGUAAGAAAACGAAUGUUCGGCGUAAAGUGGGUAUAGCCGGAAGUGCGGAGUCUUCGCCUGUGAUCAGCCCUCUAGCGCGAGAUGUAGAGACAUUUAAAUUUUAACUGUGCAAAUAUACAUUUAUUCAUUAUGUGUUUAUGUUUUGAUACCAAAAUCUUCGGAAAUAUAAAGAAAACGGAAAUGUUGGUAUGCUACAUCCGGUGAACAUUGACAAGUAGGCAUAACACUGGUAAAUUUCAGGCUACGUGAUUUUUUUAUAGCUCAGCAGACGAGUUCUACUCUCAAACGUGAAUUAUAAAAUAAAUGGUUAAGAAGUAAGUUGCCACUACUUUCAGUGACCCUAGAGAUGUUCCUACCAGAACCAGCUUUUGGCUUUAUUCAAAUUUAUUUGCAUAUGCUCAUGUAGUAUUGUAUAAUACCUUGGGUGAAAUUAAGUUAUCUGUCUGUCUGCCUGUCAGAUGUCUAUAAUCAGCGGAACUAUCAAGUGUAUAAAUGUAUACCUCAAACAAUGUUCUUAAGGUAAUUCUGCAUGUUUGAUAAACCGGAAGUUAUGGCGUAACGUCAAUUAUCCGGACUGCGUAGAAUAAAGUCUGAACUCUGCACAUGCAAACGGAAACACGACGAAAAUAAUUUAAUGAAUUAAUGAAAACUCUUUGAAGUAGGGUCUUAAAUGACUUUCCUACUGUCCAAAUUCUGUUGGUUGUUUAUUUCUUUUUCAAUUCAUUGAUCCAGUAAAAUACAUCAAAGAAACCAAUGUUUGGUUCACCUGGUUAAACUUGCAAGCUUGUUUUGGCGUCCUUAUUUGCAAUUCAAAUUCUUAAUACAAACAAACGUAAAACUGGAAUUAAAUGAUAAAGAAUUCAGUUUUUAAGCAGUAAACACAAUUGAACUUUUGUAGAUUUCUGUGCAUGGAACAAAAACUGAUGUUCAAAGGGUGUCCCAUAUAAAUGAAGACCUGCAACGCAUGUAACAUUUUUACUGUUUCUCUUAACUUAGUACUACAGAGUAUUAACACAACUUCUGCUCUCACAUUUAAAGGUGGUGAAUCUGAUGAUUUCGUUCGAAAACUUUAACCUCCGAUAAUUUACAACUAUUCAUGUUCACUUUGGACAAAAUAAAUGUCAGAUUUUCA